CCGGCGAAGCAGGUGACGGCGGCGGCGCGGGCGCGCGCGCGCGAGACGACGACGACGUCGUGCGCACUGCGCAGCGCAGAGGGGGGGUUUUGCCGAGAUUUUCCUAAAAAGGGGACCUCGCCACCGUACCGAGAAAAGAAAAAGAAUACGAGGCGAAAACCAACACCUCUCUCUCGUCUCUCCCCCUCCCCGACUCGACUCGACUCGACUCCACCCCCGUCCUCCCCCUCGUCCCGUCCCUUCUUUGGUUUCCUCCUCCCCAAUCCGAGGGGUGGCUGGGGCCGCCGCCGCCGCCGCCGCCAUCGCCAUGGACGGGCUGCACGGUACGGACGGCUGCUUCUCUCCCGGGCGGGCCAUGUCGCCGCAGGUCAGGCCCCCCGUCCCGCCCGACGCUGCCAGCGGCGGCAGGCAGUACUUGGCGGAGUUGUUGCAGGAGCAUCAGAAGCUGGGGCCGUUCAUGCAGGUGCUCCCAAUCUGCAGCAGGCUGUUGAAUCAAGAGAUAAUGCGAGUGUCUGGGAUGUUUCGGCAACCCGGCGUAGGGGACUUCGAGAGGUCGCAACCUGCAAGCCCAAAUCAGAUGCAUCCGUCGCACAUCGUGCCCAAUUUCUGUGGUAAUGCUUUUGGUCCAUGGAAUGGGAUGCGUCCAGAGAGAGUAAGUUUCUCUCAAGGACCAGGUUGGCAAGGAGCACCACAAAGUCCCUCUUCUUACAUUGUCAAGAAGAUCUUGCGGUUGGAAAUACCGACAGAUGCUUACCCUAAUUUCAAUUUUAUUGGUCGCCUUCUUGGACCAAGGGGAAAUUCGUUGAAGAGGAUUGAGGCCUCUACAGGUUGUCGUGUUUUCAUAAGAGGAAAGGGCUCAAUUAAAGACCCUAACAAGGAGGAGCAACUUAAGGGAAGGGCUGGGUAUGAACACUUGGAUGAUCCCCUGCAUAUCUUGAUUGAAGCCGAGUUACCUGCCAAUGUCAUUGACGCUAGACUCGCAAAAGCACAAGAAAUCCUAGAAGAGUUGUUGAAACCAGUGGAUGAAUCGCAAGAUUACUACAAGAGACAGCAACUCCGAGAACUUGCUUUGUUGAACUCACCACUUAGAGAGGAAAGCCCACAUCCUGGUAGUGCUUCUCCAUUCAGUAAUGGUGGCAUGAAACGGAUGAAACAAUGACUGGAUGCUUGUUCCUCCUCCUCCUUGACCCUCCAAGAGAAAUCAAUCAAUCCAUGCCUUCACAACUUAAAUUUUUCAUGAGCAAAGCUUUCAUGAUGGUGUUGGCAUUCGCGCGGCAAUCUGUUACUGCUAGAAUUUUGAUCUCCAUGUGACAUUUUAACUCAUAACUGACAGAUGAUGGAUGAGUAGCGAGGCGAAAUCCUCCCCUAUGGUUGUAUAAUUAGAACAUUUGAUUUAUUUAUUACUGGUAGUGCUGAGAUACUGAUAGUGUGAAGAAUUCUUAGUUACUGUGAGCUAGAGUACCAGGGAUUUGUCUGCCUUGGGUGACUUGUCUGAGCAACAUGUUUGCAAGCUGCUAUCGAAGCAUUUGUCAAGAUGGAAUAUUCUUGAGCCUUACAGUUAUACUUAGAUUGAUAACUA